AAAAUUUGUAUUUUAUAAGUGAAUUGUGUUUGUGAAAUCAUAAGUGAAGUGAAAAUGCCGCCAAAAACUAGUGGAAAGGCAGCCAAGAAGGCUGGUAAGGCUCAGAAGAACAUUACCAAGACCGAUAAGAAGAAGAAGCGCAAGAGGAAGGAGAGCUACGCCAUCUACAUUUACAAGGUCCUGAAGCAGGUCCAUCCCGAUACCGGCAUUUCGUCGAAGGCGAUGAGCAUUAUGAACAGCUUUGUGAAUGAUAUCUUCGAACGUAUUGCUGCCGAAGCGUCUCGCCUGGCUCACUACAAUAAGCGCUCUACCAUCACCAGUCGGGAAAUCCAAACGGCUGUUCGUCUGCUCCUACCCGGAGAGCUGGCCAAGCACGCCGUCAGUGAGGGAACCAAGGCUGUCACCAAGUACACCAGCUCUAAAUAAUUUCCUCAACGCGGAUGCGGAGAAAGAUCCAAAAACGGCCCUUUUCAGGGCCACAAUAUAUUAUACCAAAGAAACAACAUUUUCAAUAUACUAUUUACCGUAACAUUUUAAAA